CUGUACACUGACUAGCACUCCAUUCUGUCUCCUUCAGCCUUAACAUUGUAAAGAGACUGAUUCUAAGUUUAGAGACUGCACCAGCCAUGAUGUUGCUAGGAGCUGGAUGUUUAUUUGCAUAUUUCAUCGUGUACAUCUCAGGGGUUCAAGGGCGAGCAAACAGGAUCUGUGCUUUAAAAGGUUCAUCGGUGGAUCUGCCCUGCUCAGCUGAACAUCCCACUUCAACCAUGACAUGGCACACUGUACACUGGAAUGAAUCUUUGUUUAGGUCUCCAUUCGUUCAGAAUGACCUCUUAGAUGGAAAUCAUACAAGGUACAACAUGUCUGCGGAGAGUAACUUCACUCUAACAAUCAGUGAUCUGAGAGAGAGUGAUGCAAAGUUUUACUGCUGUGGAAACAUAACGGACAACCCAGGACGCUGCUGGAUUUAUAGAACAGAGCUCCGUGUGGCAGACCUGCAGGUGAAGGUGAUUCCCACCACAGAGGGACAGACAGUAACACUGAUAUGCAGCACCAGCUGUCCUCUGACUGAAAACCCUGCAGUCUACAUCUGGUACAAGAACAGAGAGUUCCUCUAUGAGGACUGGUCUCCCUGGUACCACCAGCUGGUCAGCAGUGAGGAAGCAGUCACAUACUCCUGUGCUAUCAAAGGCUACGAGCAUCUCAGAGCUCCUGAAGUCUCAGUGGAUUCUGUCACAUCGACCUGCUUUAAUGUGACUUAUGCUAAAGGAAGAAUGUGUUCUUACAAACACUCACCAGUGGAUGAGCCCUGCACCAUCACAUAUCCCAGAGAAGUCCAUGUUCAGAGGACACCUGCAGGGAGCCAUGUCACACUGACCUGUCACACCAGCUGCCCUGUGACUGCCCGUCAUACUGCCUAUAAAGGCUACAAGAACAGACAUGCUGUUGAAAGCUUCUCCUGUGCUGUAAAGGGCCACGAGGACCUGCGCUCUGCUGAAGUCUGUGUUAAGGAUAAGAACUGCUGGAGUGUGAAUUAUGACAGCAGGAGGAUUUGUGCUCUGGAAGGUUCUUCAGUGAACAUUACAAGUGAAUACUCGUAUCCUGACAACCAGCAGCCCAAGGCUAAAUUGUGGUAUAAAAUAAAGAGAACGGGCAAGAAAGCUGCAGAGAGACUGACUGAGGCUGCAGGUCGUGUGGAGUAUCAUGAGAACAAAAAGAACCACCACAUCCUGAGAAUUAAAAACCUGAAGAGAAAUGACUCAGCAGAAUACAUAUUCAGACUCAUAACAAAUGAAGGAAGAUGGAAACAGACAGGUCUCUCUGUAGUUACACUGAUUGUCACAGACCUGAAAGUGAAGUUCACUCCUUCUGCAGUGGUGACAGAAGGCCAGAGGAUCACACUGACCUGCAGUACCAGCUGUCCUCUCACUGACAACACAAACUACAUUUGGUUCCUCAACAGUCGACCUCUGACACUGACAGAGACCCAAACCAAACACCUGGUGCUAGACCCAGCCAGCAGUCAGCAUGCAGGAAACUACUCCUGUGGUAUCAAAACCCAGAGAGACAUCACAUCCCCUGAAGAGACUCUCACUGUUCAAGCUCGAGGGAAGUCAGUGGCAAUAAUUAAUACAGUACGACUGACGGUUGUGUUACUGAUCCCAAUUCCUCUGCUUCUCCUCCACCUGUGGGUGAGGAAGAAGAAAAUUCUGGCCGCCUUUGCUGAACCUGACACAAUACAGACUGGACAGAUGGACUUGCAGUAUAUCAACAUCUCACUCAUGGCCAUAAAUCCUGGGACUGCAGCAAGAAGAGACCAACUGAGCAGCAGGAAGUGACUGCAUAGCAUCUCCCUCUGGUGGUCAAGGUGUCUGUGCAUGCUUUUGUUCCAGAGUCACAUUUUAAGCUCAGAGCUGAUGCAGUAUAUGCCUAUGCGGUACAGCGAAAUAUCGAGAUCACAAAAAGCUGAUUUUAGCCAAGUUUUCCGAUAAAUCACUUUAGUUUUUACAGUUCAUCUUGUGAGGAGGGACUGUAUGUAUUUAUCAUUUUCCUUUUGAUAGCUGCAAACACAUUUUCCUGUAUUGACAAUAGAUGAAGGUUGGGAGAUCACCAAAAUCACUGGAUAAAUUUUAUGAGAACUAUGAAUGUUUGCACUAUAAAUUUUAUGGUAAUCCAUCCAAAGGUUUUUAAGAUAUUUCACUGUGGACCGGACACUGCCAUCCCUAGAGCCAUGUCACCAGUGUGACCAAAAACAAUUUUUCUAAAGCCAGUAUGUGAAGACCUUCAAUUACAAAUUACUGUUACUGAGCUGAAAGUUACCAACAGACGUAAAUUCAAGCACACAAUGUGGGCAUGCACCGACUCUGUCCUUGAUAAAUCUGAAUGUGAUCUUGCAAUCGUUAAAGUAAAAGUCACAAUAUAACUAUGUGAGAGCCAAAAAACAGAAGUGGAUCUAGAUCAGUUAACUGUCUUGCACUGUAUUGUAUUUUUCUCUUAUUCUGGUAUGAAACUGUGUAGUUCUAAUAAGAUUGAGCCCAUUCAGUCUGUGAUCACUGGCUCCCUCUAGUGGUUAUAAUGGGGACUUAGGAGAUGAGUCCACUGUUGAAAUAAGCUUUAAAUGUGAAAAUCAUCUUUGAGGGUUAACCCUUAGAGAUGACCAGAUUUGUUUAUUUUAAAGGAAUACCUCACCUGUAAAAUGAGCAUUUGUAUAUCAGUUUUUCACCGUGUUACAAUGAAGUUGGUAAAACGUUACAAUUUAAUAUGUCAGUACAAACUGUCUCAUGCGCUGCAAAGUAGCGUCCCUGGGCACACGUGUGUGUUUGAGCUCUGCUCAAGUCAAGCUCAAAUGAACACAUGCGUACUCAGGGCGUGCUACUUACAAACAAAUGUGUUUUACAUUGUAACGUUCAGGGGAAAAGCAUAAAACUGGAUACAGAUGUUUUGACUUUUUCUUUUGCUACGUGACAGCACGACAGGUAGGUGGGUGACAACGUGAAGAAAAAACAACAGCAUAACUUUGUCCCAUAUCAUCAUGUCUGUUUGUGUCUCUGCAAAGCAUCAUGGGUUCUAACCACAGUGAGGGUGAUAAGGCUGGUGUAUUUAGCUUAUGUUGCUGAUAUGUGAUAUGUAAAUGAAUAUGGAGCAACUGCAAACAGUUGCAAGGAAGUUAAAUUUGUCUGUAUUUGGCAGUUGGGCCUGUGGAGAUGUACUAGAGAUUAAUUAAGAGGGACUUUCCUUCGAAAUGCAUUCAGAUCAUAUAGUCCAAAUAU